CAUUACUCUCGGCAUUAGCUAAACAAAGUGGCGACAAAAAAGAGCACCCAGCAUAACAAAUGUUGGUAUGCUUACUUGUCGCCUGCUCAGAUCAGCUCCCGGCCAAGCAGCUAAAAUAUGCACGUACACAGACCAAAAACAAAGGCAGGCGGGCAAGCCAACAAGUAGGCAGAAAAGUCAGCCAGGCAGCCAGCAGCUAAACACCUAAACACCUAAACACCUAAACAGCUAGGCAGCUAUAUACUUAUUUACAUAUAUGAUGUGUGGCAACUCGCCAGUCACCAGGAACGCCAACUCUUCAGUGUGCGAAUGACUGAUUGACCGUUCGGACGAACUGUUGCCGUUGUUACAAGCAAGCGGGUUGCUUGCCGUGCCCCCAUACCCGGAAAGUGUUAUCCCCAAAAAUGCUAGAAAGCCUUAUAAAGUUGAAAAAAAAAAAUUAGUAACGCUGUGGUGUGGAAAUGAAUAGCACUAAUUAUAUUUGAAAAAUUCAUGCAACAAAGUGUUUAUCUACAAAACUUCAAUCGAGCAGAAAGGAUAAAACAAAAAGCUGAAAACGUGCGCAAGAGUUUUAAAAAUAAAAAUGUGACAAAGAACUCAAGUUUGUGUUAAACAAAAAGAAAGUGAGUCGCUGCGAAAUGCAGUGUUGAGUUAUUUGAAAAAAAGAAGUAAACUAAAGAAAACUUUAUACUAAAGGAAGUGAGCGGAGCUGAUUUGAACUUGCGCAUUUUAUGUGCAACCCGCCAGUGUUUAAAGUUAUAACACCCACACUACAUAUGAGCGAAACGGCAACUGUGGCGAGAGGGAGUUUGGAAUCCGCCCUUGAAAAAAGCCCAGAAAAGGAAGAAAGGUGAACGCAAUAAUAACGACAUCGAAGAGAACAACCACGCCGCGUUAAAGCUACGACAGCCACGCGCUGUUUCAGACAAAUUCGCAGUAAUUACGGCUGAUAGUAUCAAUUUCCAAUUGUAGCGCCGCUCAGUUGCAUUACUCUGCCAUCAAAAUGAUUCGUGAUGUCUCCAGCUCGACACUUGGUCGAGAGGAAGAACGCAAGCCGCUUAUGGCAGCGUAUAUGUUCCAACGCCGCGUACUGCUCGGUUGCAGCGUGCUAAUGGUGCUCUCGCUAAUCAUGUGGAUUGUGGCGAUUUCGACAGAUCAUUGGGUGAUUAUUACGGGUGGUAAAGGCAUCUUCAUACCGGAGACACGUCGUUUCUUCAUGUACUCCCACUCCGGCUUGUGGCGCCAUUGUCGCUACACCACCACGCCCAAUGCCCUGCCUACCGCCAAUGUGGUGCGUAACAUUACCUCAAUAGCUUAUGUGAAUCCCAGCACGCUCAUGGAUGCCAAAGUAAAUGCUUCGGGUUUAGAUUUUGUACGUGAAUUUAGCGAAGAAAUUGUAGAAAUGCCAAUGAAGAACUUCACAGAGUCCGCCAGGCGACGUAUGUUUGCGCAUUGGGUACGCAAUGAUGAGCUCGAAUUUCAAACGUUCAAGAAAGCCUUUCAAACUCUUGUGCUGAAUACAAAUGCAACACGUGCAGAAAUAAUACCAGCACAGGCCAAGCCAAUAGCAAUUGAUCCGCUCAAUGUGCGCGAUAUAGAAGCACGACAAACAUUUGGAACGGCCUUGCAAAAAGUGGUGGUCAAUUCGACAUCGUAUUACUUUGUCAUACCUGAAGCAGCGCAAUUGGCCAUAUUUCAAGGUUGGAAUGAGCGGCAAUAUGUACCGAAACUAUUUUGGCCAUAUGUGCGCGAUUUAGGCGUGCCGGCGUUUGUGUUGAACGAUCAUCAGGUGAUAUUGCAAUUGGUGCCGCCACUGCCACCAAGCCACGGUCGCGAGUCGAAUGGUUAUGUAUACCAACCAACUGAGCGUUGCAAAUACAUAGAUAUGUUUCCCAAUUCCAAUGCGCUGCGUAGUGACCCCGGCAUUGAUGACGAGCUGAUGGAUUAUAUACGCACGCAGGCUUCUUUUGCCUGUAUCACCGUUUUCGUAAUGGGUUUGGGCUCGAUUUUCUCAUUUUACACUUUUAAGAAUCCGCGUUAUAUGUUCAAGCGCCUGGCAGGCGGCAUUGAUUUGGUGUCAGCCUCCACUGCUGUGGUUGUUAUACAAGUUUUAAUAUCUUCCGUAGAUUACACUAGAACACACUUAUUUUAUGCGUAUCCCGAUGGAGCGAAACUAACAUACGGCUAUGGCGUCUACUUGGCUUGGUUUACUUUUAUGGUGAACCUUGUGUGUGGUCUACUAUUUAUAUGGUACUCCGGCAAAAAGAAGGGUGCUAAAGCACCAAACGAUGAAGUAGCUAUGGCUGAUGAGCCCACCAUUAUGGGCAGAUAAUAAGCUCCACAGGAUUUAGCCAACAGUUAUGGUUGAACAUAAAAACAAAUGCCCACCGACUAUCUGCGUACCUUAUGAUACUCACUUGUAGACUUCAAAAUCAGAGCGUUUUCUUACGGAAUACAAUAUCAUUGAUAGGUACUUAUACCAGACAUAAUGGCAGUGUUAUUCUAGCAUAGAAGGCCCAGUUAAAUAUUAAAUCGAAUAAAAUAUCUAAAAACUUUAUAAUUAAUUAACAAAGUUCAACGAUAUUUAGAACUCGAAGCUAGUCAGAACUUUUUUGGGAUUAAUACAAGUUUUUUAGUUCCUAUAUGGCUAAUGCGUAAAUCUAUUAAAUAAAGAGAGAAGAAAUUUUGCAUACAUAGGUAUGUACACAUAAAUAUAUGUAAUGUAUGUAUGUACGUACAUAUAUAAAUCUAUGAGCAAUCAAAUCGAAAUUAAAAAGUCACUAUUUUUUAAACACUCAAUAAAUGUACAAUUUUCAUCGUAAGUUAUGCUUGGAUGUACACAUCUCAAUAAAGCACAUUGGUAAAUAUCUGUGGCCAUAAGCAAUAACCGCCUAAGUCGACUUAAAAAAGAAUUGAGUUAUAUAUGCUAUCGUAUUCUGCAACUACUAUUCCAUGUGUAUGUGAAAUCCCCAUCUCGCCAGCUAGGCUAAUCAAAAAAUUAUAGACGAACAUACUAUGGUUUCCCCAUAAGGUUAAAAUUACAAUCCAAAUAUUUGAAGCGCGUUUUUCGAAUUCAGGUUUUUCGACUUAGGCGGUUAUUGCUUAUGACCACAUAUAAUGUGCUUAUAUGUUUGUAUGUAUAAAUGUUUUAUUCACUUUAAACUUGUUCACUGUUGAAUUAAAUUUUUAAGCAAAAACAGCUGUUAUACAAAUUUAAAUGAAAGAAGUUUUCGCCAGAUGUAAGGCUUAAGACUUAAAACUAUUUUUCUAAGGUAGACAGCUAUACGAAAAUAAGUUUUUCCUAUUGCCUUUUUCUAUUUAUAAUAAAGACUUUAUUCA